AUGGUCUUCUCAAUACCGUCGUACCUUUGCACGGGCGACCGCUACAAGCACGUUCUAGAUGAGCGGGCGCAGGGCGUUAAUUUCGUCACCUGCUGGCCAAAGACUGGCAAAAACCCCGACGCACUCCUCGACAAGGAGUUCAAGUACAUGUACAACGGCGACCGCCGCGCUGACCCCGAGACGAUGGCGCGGCGCGAGCAGAUGGAGAGCCGCAAGAGGGACAUGACCACCACCGGCUUCGCACACGUCGGCCCCACCAAGAAGGGCGAGGGCCUCGGCUCUUACUACGGCCUGCUGCAGCAGCAGCCCUACCCGCACAUCCCCGAUAAUCCCCAGUCGCGUGGGCCGCCGCCGCGGAUCCCGCUGAUGCCGCGGCAGAUCCUCACAUCACCCGGCAAGCUCGGCAGCUAUGGAACCCCCGGACUCGCGCUGAGCGAAAUCGGCAAUGAGUACAUCGCCACCAUCUACGACCAGCCACGCAUUAACGCGAGGCGGGAGCGUGAGCUGUGGCGAUCUCGGAUGCCGGCGGCGCCGUUCAAACCGGGCGGGCGUCUCGGCUACACCUUCGAUGAAGCGUACGCCACCGGCGCAACCACGUGCUACAUCAUGACGAAACCCUUCGUGGCGAAGCCGGCGGUGCCGCCCAUGAAGCACUUUGAGAUAGAGAAGCCGUGGCGGCCUGCAGGCUACGUAGAAGAUAAGCCCACCACAAUGGACUACUGGGAGGACCCGUACAACGCCUUUGAUCCACGACAGGACGCCAAGUCACGCGUGAAAAAACCGAGCGAUGCUGUGUUCAGGACGGGAUUCCGCGGCGACAACUUCUGGUACACACAGAGUAUCGUCUUCAAGCGGCUGUAG